AGGCAGUAACAGACGAGAAAGUAUUUCCCAUAAUAUGAUGAAAAGACGGCAGUCGUGGAAUCUGCUUAAAGUAAAACCAGGUCAGGAGAAAGAGCUUCCUUUCCUUAUGCAAUACCGCAAAUACAAAGACACGAAACAGGCCUUGGAGGACCACGGCUUCUACGAUGAGCACGGCUCGCAUGGGAAGACAGCGGAGGAAGAGUUUGGAUUAUCUCAGCUGGAAGAGGAGCUAAACACAGCUGAGAUGUUGGCAAAGACAGAUACAGAGGACGAGACGAAGGAAACAAGUGAUGAGGAGAAAGCGGAAGGAGGAAAGGGAAAGGUGAGCGGUAAAGGAAGAUUCUGUGCCGUGGUAAUAUAACACUCUCCAAACUUAAAAAAAAUUGUAAUGUUAUCAUGACUCCAUACCUUUUUAAACGAUGUACAAAGUUCAAAGAAUGUUUUCAAGUUUGAUUACCCCUCAU